AUGGUCGCACAAACCUCUAAGCCAUCGAGUCGCAGCUCUUCUGUGACAGCGCCAGUCGAGAGUUCGUCGUUGAGCCAACACCAUGCGAUUGCGACUCCCUCGUCCUUGCGAGCGGCGCUCAAAAAGCCCUUCCAGGGUUGGUCAAAGGAGCUCCUUCGCGCAAGAGACGACGACGAUGAUGACUACAACUUCUCGAGUGGUAUGCGCCGUGGCGCCCAUCUUCCUGACGAUUUUGGACCCGAUAUCCAUGCGCAUACACCGAGUAGUUACGGCAACUUUAGCUUUGGAAACAACGGCGAACGGCGUGAGAACGACGGCGGAUAG